CCUGCGACACACACACACCUUUGCAGUCAUGGCGAGCGGUGCGCUGGAGAUUGUGGGAAUGUGCGUGACCAUAAUCGGCCUCAUCGGGGUCUCGGCCAGCACUGGAAUGCCUAUGUGGCGCGUGACUGCAUUCAUCGGGGAAAACAUCAUCGUGAUGGAGACCCGCUAUGAGGGAUUGUGGAUGAACUGCUACCGGCAGGCCAACAUUCGGAUGCAGUGUAAAGUGUACGACUCCCUGUUGGCGCUCACUCCGGAUCUUCAGGCCGCUCGAGGACUCAUGUGUACCUCCGUGGCUUUGACUGGAGUGGGUUUACUGAUCGCCAUUGUUGGAAUGAAAUGCACUGCAUGCAUUCAGGACAACGAUCGUGCCAAGCGAAUGGUUCUGAUUAUCAGUGGAUGCAUGAUCCUUGCUGGAUGCUUCUGCUGCCUGAUUCCUGUCUCCUGGACUGGGAAUGCCAUUAUUCGGGACUUCUAUAAUCCACUGCUCAUAGACGCCCAGCGUAGGGAACUCGGAGAGGCUUUGUAUAUUGGUUGGGUGUCAUCCGCGUUCUUGUUUGCCGGAGGAUGCAUCUUUAUAUGCUGCAGUGGUUCUCUAGACAAGGGUCCGGAUCCGAAGUAUAUGUACUCUAGGAAUGCACCUGCACCAUAUGUGGCCUACCAGCCUCAACCUGUGGCCUACCACCCGCAGCCGCGGUCAGUUUACAGCCACCCGUCCGACCCACCAUCAUUCAUUGAGCAAUCAUACCAACCAUCCAGACAGCAGUCCUUCAUACAGCCUUCCAGACAGCAGUCCUUCAUUCAGCCUUCCAGACAGCAGUCCUUCAUUCAGCCCUCCCGUCAUCCAUCCGCCCGCAGCGCUGUGGCUUAUCUCUGAAAUCCAGCAGGACUGUGUAUUUGCAUUUGUGGUUGUGUGCAUGCAUGUCUGCGUGUGUUUUAGAGAAAUGAAUGGGACUUAAAGAAGAAAACUUAAAGAAAAAAGCUAUUAAAAGUAAUUUGGAAGAUAGUUGUACAUUUCAUUUUUGAGACUAUUUUUGAAAAACUAACAUUACAUUUCUGUUUCUGCUUUUUGAAGCCCACGUGAGACUGAAAGAUGAGAGAAAAUGGAGAUAAACAAUAUAUGGACCAGAAAAUGGAACAUUUAAAUGGUUUUAUGCGUAACAACGUGAGAGCUAUUUCAUUUUUUUCUUGUUUCAAUGUUCUGGACACAAUUAAAAUACAUUUCUACUUUUAACAAACAAGAGACGCAAGUUUUUUAAGAACUUUUAGAAACACUUGUAACAUUUCAAAUGGAUUUAGAUGUAACAAAGUUAGUCCUGCAUUGCAUUUGUCCUUUUUUUAUUCUUUGGAAUGUUUCUGGUCAUUUUUAAAUGUUGUUUCUACUUUGUUUAUAAAUAGAAGCAAGUUGAGAACUAUGACUGAAGAUAAAUUGUUUUAAAUAUUUUUAAUUGUCAUUUUAAAGUACAGAUCACUCAGGAUGUCGUGAAGUGUUACUUGAGGUAUUUUUUACUGAAAACUGCACUCUAAAUAAUGCUGGGUUACUGUAAACCAGGGGUGUCAAAACUCAGUCCUGGAGGGCCAGCGUCCUGCAUAUUUUAGUUCCAACCACUUCCAACUCACGCCUGCGUAAUAGUCUCUAGUAGUCUUGAUCACCUUGAUUCUUUGCAUCAGCUGUGUUUAGGGUUGGAGCAAAACUGUGCAGAGCUGCGGCCCUCCAGGAAUCGAGUUUGAGACCUUUGUUGUAAACCAACUUUGGGUCAAAUAUGGACAAACCCUAAAUAUUAUGAUAAAAAGUAUCAUUUAAAUUUAAUUGAAUAUGAAGCCAAGGUUGGGUUUGUCCAUUUUGACCAAAAUGUUGGGUUAGUUUUAGAUGCCCAAAGUGUCUUAAACUACAAACUAAAGUUGUUUCAUAUUCACUCUCUCAUGUGUUUUGUAAAUAUUGAAGCACAAAUUGAUACAAUGAUUUAAUUCAUUAAAUGAAUUGAAAUAACCUUUAAGAUAUUUGCCAUUUUUUCAUAUAUUUCUGAAUUUACAUGUAAUUUUAAACAGCACUCUAAAAAUCCAGAGUUGUCU